UGUGCGACGAGAGUAGGAGAGAGGGUUUGGCAGUGAUUCAGAACUGAAGGCCACUCCUCUCUUCUUAUUGAACUCAUUCACUCGGUAGCUCCUCUCUUUCACCAUCAUGGCUUUCACCGGGAAAUAUGAGCUGGAGAGUCAGGAGAACUACGAGGAGUUUCUGGAAGUUUUGGGGCUUCUCAGCGCCAAGACCGACCACAUAGUGGUGACGGACGUGGUUCAGGACGGGAACAACUUCACCUGGACGCAAUCCAUCCCCAACUGGACCUGGUCCAAUAGCUUCACCAUUGGCCAGGAGUGUGAGCUGGCGACGAUGAAGGGCCCCAAAUUCAAGGCCACGGUCACGAUGGCCGACAGCAAGAUUUCAAUAGAGUUUCCUCAGUACAACUUCACAGCGGAGAUAAUUGAAGAUAAACUAGUGAUGAUCUGCAUAACUCCAGGAGAGAAGGGUGUGACUUUCAAAAGAGUCAGCAAACGGAUCUAACGUGGCGAGACCCAACAUGCAGCAGUGGAAGAGAGGCUGUGGGAGGCAGAGGAACCCAUAAUGAAAAUGUCUCCACCAGUUUAAAAAUGUAUUCACCAUUUGUAUCAAGGAGCAGCCAGUGGGAUAUCCUGGUGCAUACUUUCAGUUUUACCAAAGAAAUGUAAAAAACAAACCGACUAGGCUUUUUUUUCUGCUGUAUUUCUACAAACCGUCCAACUGGAAGAGUAUUCCUCUUUGAUUCAAUAAAGAAGAAAAAUGCAAAAAAACGGUU